CGGGGCGCGAUCAACUUCAAAUUAAUGCCGCUGCGCGCGUCAAAUUCACACUAUGUUGGUGCAUACCUUAGCGAUAAAUUAAUAAAUCAAUUGCAUAUAUAGUUAGAUUACAUUAAUUAUUGGCUCGCUCCGAGAUGUCGUAUUUUCUCAUUUACAUGGAAUUCAAUCUAAUUGAAAAAUAUAAAGGUAAAUAAAACCUUGAAACAAUAAACCAGUGCUCAUACAUUAAAUUCAGGAUUAAUGAUACCAUUGCGUCAUUUCCAUAUAUAUAUAUAUAUAUAUAGUGUCAAUCUAUAAACGUACGUGUAACGGACUUUCUGCCUCUUUAAAUUUGGCGGCAUCGACCAUCGACCCCGGCACGUACUUAUAUACCUAUAUAUAUAAACAACUCGCGCCUCUCGCGCGCUCCAAAAAAUACUGCGACGACGCAAGAGCUGAACCCAACCCUCCUAUACUCUCAAUAUAUAGGUAGUCUGCAUCUGCCGGCGUAGCUUCUCGAAUCUCUCGAUACAAGCUAACAAGCGCAAAAACGGACAAGACGCGGCGUGGUUGUUGGCUGUGCAGCACAGCAGCAGGCCGGUAGAAAUACCUAUAUAUAAUAUACGUACGGCACGUGAAGCUGGACAUGUCGCGGAUGAGCUAAGCUUAUCGUCGCUGGAGGUAAAUUUACGAGGUGAAUCGCUUGCAUUCGGGUUCGACUUAGUAGGUACCGGCUUGAUAUUUUCAUCGGGAUCAUGAGCGACGAGGAGUUACCGUCCGGCUGGGAGAAACGCCUGAGCCGCUCAACUGGUCAGCACUACUAUUUGAAUGUUUAUACCAAGGAGAGUCAGUGGGACAGGCCAGACAAGCCAGCUGAUCCUGCUGGAAAUGGCAAAACCGAGGGACCCGACGAAGUUCAAUGUUCGCACAUCCUUGUCAAGCACUCCGGCUCUCGCCGUCCGUCAUCCUGGCGGGAGUCCACUAUCACCAGGUCUAAGGCUGAGGCGCUAGAGCUAGUUAAGGAGUACAGGGAACAAAUUGUGUCCGGUGAAGCGAGCUUUGGCUCCUUGGCAUCCAAAUACAGUGACUGCAGUUCAGCCAAGCGUAAUGGCGACUUGGGUCCGUUUGGUCGUGGGGCUAUGCAGAAACCUUUCGAGGAGGCUGCCUUUGCCCUAAAAGUGGGACAAAUUUCUCAGCCCAUUGACACCGACAGCGGAGUCCACAUUAUACAACGGACAGCUUAAGACUGCAAUCAAAUUCUCGAUUUCGCACUUGAUAAUAAUCAUCAAUUUAUAAUGAACUAAUUGUAUAUGAGUAAAAAUCAAUGUCGGCUGCAUGUGAGUAGCAUAAUUUUCAAGUAAUGAACUUUGUUUGUGAAAAUCUUCCAUUAGUUAUCGUCAUUCCACUGACUUAUUCACAAACUCGUCUUAAAUCUAAUUUACAAUUAUACAUAGCAAUAGCAAUAAAUUACUUAAUUACAAUUUUAA